UCAUAUCGAGAGCUCGGGUAACAUCCAACCGCACUGUUUUUCAUAAGUAUUACAGUUAUAUAAAUAAUCUACAUAAGCAGUACUAUAAUAGCGUUUUUUUCUGCGCUUCUUCAAACAAACUUUGAAAGUAGGCAAACAUCGAGCAACUCAACAGGUCUACUGAAGACACUUGAAUAUUUUAUAACAGGUACAUGUGUUCAUAAAGUGUGGUACCCUCGUACGUUACAGACGCGGAAUGUUUUUAUAUACGUAGUGAAUCUAAGUGGCCUCGCUAUCAAGUCGUUCAGUGGAGUGUACUUCAUAACUGAAACCGGAGCUGCACGAUGCCAGGGGACAGCCGCAGCGACUUCCGGGAGCAGUUCCGGCUCGCAAAGCUGGGUCUUCAUCAUCCGGAGCCACAUCAUUUCAUUAUACCUCAAUGUUUGAAGCCUAAGGCGUACAUCCUGUGGGUUGUGGCGUGGGCCCUGUUCUACGUGAGCACCCUAAGCCUCGAGGUCUACUACAACACGAGGGAGGCCAGGCGGCCCUACUUCAUCUUUCUCACCAACUGGUCUUAUAUUCUGCAGGCAAUCGUGGUCUUCCUGGAUGCUGGGGUCACCAUAUAUACACACACUCAGCGGAAAGAUAUCAGAAAUGGCGAGUGCAAGACGACCACGUGGUACAUGCGACUGCUGUGGGUUCUGUUCAACGUUAGUAACACAGUGUCCGUGAUCGUCACCCUCGCUUACCACGUCCUUCUGGACCCCACGUUCGGGUAUAACAGCAUCUAUACGCACCUGCUUAACUCCGUCUACACAAUCCUCACCUUGCUGUUCUGUGCAAAACCAGUCCAUCUUCUACACGUCUAUCAACCAAUCAUAUACAGCGUUAUUUAUAUAAUCUUUUCUAGCAUAUAUCACGUUACCGGAAAUGAACCAAUAUAUAACGUUUUAAAUUGGGACAAAACUGGAACCGCAGUUAUGUAUUCGUGUCUUAUUGCCUUUGUUGGCGUUCCUAUUGUGCAUGUUGCGAUAUUUGCUAUUUAUACAUUAAGACUGUUUGUAAGCGUAAAGAUGAAUUGCAUCGGAAUGCAAAAGAAGCUUAUGGAUGAUGACAUACACAGUGAGGUCACCUCGCGAAAUAUCGCUCUGGAUUUAUACAAGGAACAAGAACAGUCACCUUCCUCAAACUCGUCAAACAUUGUUAAGCCUGAAGGCAAAUAGACAACUUUUCCGUUUAUGUACUUUGUGCAGUCGCACCAGGUUUAUCUGCAGCGUGUACAUUGACUAAAAUAUGCUUUUAGUUUUUUAAGGGGCCCACAAUGACAGAUUAUUAGUUAUUUGCCAAUAACAUUGAGAAUUUCUACGAUUCCGAUCCCAAUGUGCAUUUCAUAAUUCCGGCUUGCAUAACUUAAUACGUUGCUUUUUAGAUUAUCUCACCUAUUAAAGUUUUUGGGGACAUCUCCAUGAAAGAGUCUACAAAAAUUUGACAGGCAGAAUUAAAAUCCCGAACAGUGCUUUGAAAUGCAGCAUUUAUAAACAAGAAAUAUCUUUAAAAAAGAUAUACGGCGUUGAUUGUGGUCGAUGUUUAUGAACGAUCAAAAGUUAUCUCUAUGAGAUAAAAAGUAGCGGAUGCCUUUUUUCUGCGCAGUUCUUAGCUACAUCAUAAGCAAAUCAAUUACGGGGUGUUGCGCCAGAUUUCGUGGCUUAUUAUGCUUUAUGUGAUAUUAUUACUCAGAUAUCUAUAUUUACAGAAUAGAAAAACACAAGAAACAUGAAAAUAAACGAGUGCAUAUAGGUCAGCCGGCAAUACUCGAAUUUUAUUUAAUUGCAUAAUUAUAGUAUAGUGAAUUAUUGUGCUCAUGCUUAAUAAACUGGUCUAAAUGGAUAAA